AUGCCGACUCCUCUUCAUCCUCACCCAACCAACGUCAAAUCUGAGCCGAUUUCCGACGCGAAGACUCAGAUGUCAAAGAAACAGGCUCAACAACUUACCGCUCAGGCCGUUAAAUCCAAGAAAGAAGCUAUACAACAGGCUUCCGUCGCUGAGGAGAAAGCUCAGCCACCCACGAAGAAGGUUGCGCGUCGCUCUAGCAAGCCUAUCAUCAAUUGGUUCCAGCGCAAGCUGGCGGGCACAGUCCGUGCCAGAAGGGUAUCUGAGCCCGAGAGCCCGCGAAUCCAGAGGAUUAGUGCACGCCCACCAAGCUUGCAGGAGAAACCACAGCGCAGGGCGUCUGCCCCGAUGCCGCCACCCAUAUCGACAAGGGCCCGAAGCAAAACGGAGCCUAAACAUGCUCGUAAAUUAUCGACAGUCCCCUCAACCGCUCCGCGAAAACCACUAUCUCUAGAUGGAGAGAGCGGUGUUGAGAGCACCAUAGAUACAGUUACCGAUUCGGACGACGGUAGGCGCUCUUCUCUGGCCAGGGAUUCCUUGUGGUCCCCCACGAGUCACUAUGAAGCGGAUGAAGACGCAUCUGUGCGGCCUCUUCCUCCUAGCUCUCCUCCUUCCCCCUCUCCCUCGCAUUCGUCUUCCUCAUACCUUUCCGAUCCACGGACAUUCCGAAGCAUGACGGCGAGCACAAAGCCCACGACCCUCUUGAGUGUAGAUCUGACCGGAGGUGUGGGUCAUAUUGCUCAAGCACCCCCUACCCCCACCAACCUGAACCAUCGCUUCCAACCUCAUGCCCGUACGCAUUCUUCUGGUCCCGGAUCUGGUGGAUCUAUUAUGUUCUCGGCUAUCCCAUCACCCACCAUCCCUUCGCGCCCUUCGUCCGGCAAUUCAAUCAACACAUCUCUUCGUGCAGCUUCGCAUUCCUAUACUCUUCAGGCACCACAACAUACGUCACACCAUCCGCGAAACAAUCCGCGUCCGUCGUCUCCUCCGCAAGAUGAUGCGUCGGUGUUGACACUUGCGUCCUCUGCGUUUGGUAUGCCCGGUGCACGUAUUGGCAUGGCCGCGCUUGCGCUCUCUGGACAUGGUUCUCUCGCAGAUGACUCUCUGUCACACUUAAGCCACGGCGGAGGUCAAGGGGAUUCUACGAGCCACUUUGUGUUGGGCGACAUGGAUGAUGAACGCCAAGAGUUGGAGGGUGAACGCGAUUUGUAUCGAGAGGAACAGGAUGUAGAUGCUAGCGUGCGCGCGUUACGCCCACGAAGUUCGAGACGGUGUAGCUGGGAGAGUCAGGCUAGUAAAUGGAGUGCGAGCGCGAGUGUGGCAUUGACCGGCGUAACGGGUUUUACCUCUCACUCGCCGAUCAGCCAUGGCGGCCAGCGGAGUCUCUGGACAACUGGGAGUUACAGAACGGGUGGUAUCAGCGUUGAUCACGGAGAACAGAGUGUUGAUCAUGGGGAUGACGAAGAAGACACUGAGGGGAAUGGAGACGAGACGGAAGGUGGCGGUGACGAGACAAGUCAGGACGAUCAUGGUGUUCAGGAGAUCUCAUCUUCCGUCGAAUCUGGUCUCCGCGAACUUGAUCAAGUACAUGCUCAUGAUGCAGCAGGCGCUUUGGACGAUGCGCGAACACCACCUGCAACUUCGUGCCGUCUAGACGUGCCGAAGAGCGACGAUGGACAGUUUUUGGAGGUGCCCUCGAUCGAGCCCUCACAGUCUAGUAAGAGUACAACUGUUACACCCAAGGGAGGACCUAUACCGCUUCAAGAGCCCGAAGCGAUGCCCGGUUUACCCCACACGAUGCAGGUGGACAGCGUUUCAGAUAGUGCUGAUACGGACCACGAUUCUCAUUCUGACUUUCAUUCUAUCGCUACCACCGAGUAUUACACGGACACUUUCCACACACCAGCGACGACACCGUUACCUCAGUAA